GGAGAUUCCAAGAUGGCGGUGCAGCCGAAGCAGAGCGUGAGCGCGGAUAGCGUGGGGGACCUCGGAUUUCUGUCCUUCUACUGGUCCAUGGCGGAGAAGCCGGACACGACGGUGCGCGUGUUCGACCGCAAUGAGUACUACACAGUGCACGGCAAGGACGCGCUGCUCGCGGCGAGGGAGGUGUUCAAAACCAACGGGGUCAUCAAGCACCUGGGCUCAGGGGACAGGAAACUGGAGGGUGUGGUCCUCAGUAAGAUGAACUUCGAGUCGUUUGUUCGCGACCUGCUCCUGGUGAGGCAGUACCGCGUGGAGGUCUACCAGAACAAGGCCGGCAGCAAGAGCAGCAAGGAGCAUGACUGGCAGCUCGCCUACAAGGCAUCUCCAGGAAACCUCACGCAGUUUGAGGAGAUCCUGUUCAGCGGGGGCGGGGCUUCGGGGGCAGUGGCGGCAGGUGUGGUCGGCGUGCGCCUCGGCUCCGGGGACAGCCAGCGCGUGGUGGGCGUCGGCUACGUGGACUCCACUCUCAGGAAGCUGGGGGUCUGCGAAUUCCCCGACAACGACCAGUUCUCGAACUUGGAGGCGCUCCUGGUGCAGAUCGGACCCAAGGAGUGCGUGCUGCCUGCGGGGGACGCCGUGGGGGACGUGGCCAAGCUGCGGCAGGUGGUCCAGCGUGGGGGCGUCCUCGUCUCCGACAGGAAGAGGACGGAGUUUACCACCAAGGAUGCUGUGCAGGACUUGAACCGCCUGCUGCGGACGCGGAAGGGGGAUGUCGUGUCUAGCGCUGCUCUCCCCGAGAUGGAGAAACAGAUCGCCAUGUCCUCCCUUGCCGCUGUCAUCAAGUACCUGGAGCUCCUGUCUGACGAGUCCAACUUCGGCUCCUUCCAGCUGACCUCCUUCGACCUCAGCCAGUACAUGCGUUUGGAUAACGCUGCUGUCCAGGCGCUCAACCUCUUCCAGGGUUCCCAUGACAACAGCGCAGGCACACACUCGCUGGCCGGGCUGCUCAACAAGUGCCGGACGCCACAGGGCCAACGACUGCUGAACCAGUGGCUCAAACAGCCCCUCAUGGACAAGAACAAGAUUGAGGAGAGGUUGGACCUGGUGGAGAGCUUCGUGGAGGAUGCCGAGCUCAGGCAGAUCUGCCACGAGGACCUCCUGCGCCGUUUCCCGGACCUCAACCGCCUGGCCAAGAAGUUCCACAGGCAGAGCUGCACAUUGCAGGAUUGUUACCGUGUGUACCAGGCUGUGGCUCAGCUGACGGGCUUGAUUGAGGCGCUGGAGAGACACAGCGGAAGUCAUCAGGUCCUCUUAAACGCAGCGUUCAUCUCACCUCUCAGUGAUCUGAACACAGACUUCUCCAAAUACCAGGAGAUGAUUGAGACAACGCUGGAUAUGAACCAGAUUGAGAACCAUGAAUUCCUGGUGAAGCCGUCCUUCGACCCGACGCUCACUGAACUCCGGGACACCAUGGACCGGCUGGAGAAGGACAUGCAGGUCUCGCUCAACGUAGCCGCUCGAGAGCUGGGGCUGGAUGCCGGGAAGACGGUGAAACUAGAGUCCAACGCCCAGCUGGGUUACUACUUCAGGGUCACCUGCAAGGAGGAGAAGAGCCUACGCAACAACAAGAAGUUCACGACCCUGGACGUCCAGAAGAACGGGGUCCGAUUCACCAACAGCAAGCUGAGCUCCUUGAACGAGGAGUACACCAAGAGCCGGGAGGAGUAUGAGGAGGCCCAGAAUGCCAUCGUCAAGGAGAUCAUCAGCAUCGCUUCAGGUUACGUGGAGCCCCUGCAGACCCUGAAUGAGGUCAUCGCCCAGAUGGAUGCAGUGGUGAGCUUCGCAGUGGUGUCCCACUCGGCUCCUGUACCCUACGUACGUCCCACAGUGCUGGAGAAGGGCUCUGGGCGGCUGGUGCUGACUGCAGCCCGACAUCCCUGCAUCGAGGCCCAGGAUGAUGUGGCCUUCAUCCCCAAUGACGUGUCCUUCAUACGAGGCCAGGAGAUGUUCCACAUUAUCACUGGCCCCAACAUGGGAGGUAAGUCCACCUACAUCCGACAGGUGGGCGUCAUCGUGCUGAUGGCCCAGGUGGGCUGCUUCGUGCCCUGCGACUCAGCUGAGGUGAGCGUGGUCGACUGCAUCCUGGCCCGGGUCGGUGCCGGAGACAGCCAGAUCAAGGGUGUGUCCACCUUCAUGGCCGAGAUGCUGGAGACGGCCGCCAUUCUUCGCUCGGCCACGGAGGACUCCCUCAUCAUCAUCGACGAACUUGGUCGCGGCACCUCCACCUACGAUGGCUUCGGCCUGGCGUGGGCCAUCUCGGAGCACAUCGCUACACGCUGCCGCUCCUUCUGCCUGUUUGCCACACACUUCCACGAGCUGACCGCCUUGGCCCAGCAGGUGCCGACCGUACACAACCUGCACGUUACGGCACUGACGACCGACCACACCCUGACCAUGCUGUACAAGGUGCAAAAAGGCGUCUGUGACCAGAGUUUUGGGAUCCAUGUAGCUGAACUGGCCAACUUCCCGAAACACGUGAUCGCCAGCGCCCAGCAGAAGGCUCUCGAGCUGGAGGAGUUUCAGGACGUCACAUGGGUGGGGAACGAGGACAGUGGCCCUGAUGCCAAGAGGAGGUGUUUGGAGAGACAGGAGGGAGAGAAGAUCAUCGAGGAUUUCCUGACCAAGGUGAAGGCUCUGCCCACCAGCCACAUGUCAGACCAGGACAUCAAGGAGGAGCUGAAGAAGCUGAAAGCACAAGUAGUGGCCAAGAACAACAGCUUUGUGAAUGAGAUCGUGUCCCGGUCCACAGUCUGAGAGAGAAGAUCUUCAGCACAGUGCGGUCAAACUGAGUAAAUCCAACCAGUAGCUCUGCUCCAGAACCAGCUUUAUGUUUCUCUCAACCAACAGCUGCUUUCAUUUCUUACUGGGACUCGUGUAGCUUCAGCUGGUGUAUGAGGUGUCAAUGAGAGCCUCACUGGAAGGUUCUGGAAGGUUCACUGUAGAACAUGAGUGCAGACCAAGUUCCAGUUCAUUGUUCAUAUGAGAAACACAGGGACUGAUCUUGUGUGUGUAUAAGUAAGACAUGUUCAGUUUGGGGUCUCACUGUUUAUAGGGGACAUUGUUCUUCAUGGUGAAGGCAGUGAACAGUCCAUGAUUCUGCAAUAAGGGGACUUCAUCACUGAGCACAUGUUGUACCUUUGUUUUGUGCAACUUCUCUGACAUGAGAGUUUUGUAUUGACCUGGGUCUUGGAGUUUCUUAUUAAAGUACCUCAACUGUACAACUCAUGAUAAAAUUAAUAUUCCUUGUGCUCUUGUGGAGACAG